CACUCGUACAUACAAGUUGCACGCGUGCCGGUAAUAAACCGUUGUUUGGUAUAACGGUCGUUCCGUUAAAUCUCUCUGAGCUUUUGUACAUAAAUCUGCUCAUAAUUAUUAAAAUAAAGCUUGUGAUUUUCAAAAUUUUGCGUGCAAACAACGAGCAAUAUAGUGAAAGCGUGUCUGUCCUUAAAAGAACGUUAAUUCUUCAAUAAUUCGAGGAAAGGCGAGAUGGCUGACUACGUGGAGAGUGCAGCGUUCACCGAUCCAACGACCGCGAUAUCCCACGGGAAACGGCACCUGUUAGUACGUGAUUACACCAUGGCCGUGACCGCGUUGGCGCAAGCUUGUCAGAUGCUCGUCGAGAAACACGGGGACACUGCGGACGAGCUGGGCGAGCCUUAUCUUCUCUACGGUCGUGCUCUCCUCGGUCUGGCCAGGGAAGAGGCUGGAGUGUUGGGCGGUGGUGUACCGGGCACCGAGGAAUCCGUAGAAGCCGACGAGGAGGACGAAGAGGAAGGCGAAGAUGAGAAGCUGAGCAACGUGGACGAGAAAGAGGACGAGGAGAGCGAAGAGCGUGCUAGCGACAAUGGCACCAGCAAAGAGGAAGUCGACGGGAAAGAGGACUCGAAAACAGCUGAGAAAGCAGUGAAAUCAGACACAGAAAAGAAGGAAGAAAAAGUAGAAUCGAGUAGCGAUAAGAAAGAAGAAAAGGUAGAAUCAAGUAACAAGGAAAAAGAAAAGAAAGUAGAAUCGAGUAGCAAGGAAAAAGAAGAAAAAGUAGAAUCAAGUAGCGAUAAGAAAGAAAAAAAAGUAGAAUCGAGUAGCGAGAAGAAAGAAGAAAAGAUAGAGUCGACUAGCGAGAAGAAAGAAGAUAAAGUAGAACCGAGUAGCGAAAAGAAAGAAGGAAAACUGGAUUCUAAUAAAACUGAAGACAAGAAAAGCGAGCAGGUAGCGCAGAAGAAAGGCGAGGAAGCUAAAGCGGGCUCUAGCAAAGACCCGAAUCACGUCAAUGGACCUUCUUGUUCCACCGAACAGAAUGGAGAUAUAAAAGAAAAUGGAGAGGAGGCUGGUGAGGAUAUUGGAAAGGAGGAUGAAGAUGACGAGGUCAAUAAUUUACAGGUGGCUUGGGAAGUGCUGGAGCUAGCAAAGCUGAUUUUAAUGAAUCGCAGACAGCCUGGCUGGAAGCUACUAGCGGACGCUUAUCGACUUCUAGGAGAGGUAGCCAUGGAAGGUGGUAAUUUUCAAGGCGCCCUGAACGAUUUGCAUCGAUGCUUGGAACUGCUGCAACAAAUUGAACCUCGCGAACCAAGAGCGAUAGCAGAGAUCCAUUAUCAACUGGCGUUGGCUCAUUCUUUGGGCAACGAGUUCGACGCAAGCAUCGAGGAGUUCCACAAAGCAACGGAAUUGUUGGAGUCUCGUAUAAAAGAGCUGGAGGAGAUGAAGGAACCACCUAAAACGGACGAUUCUUUCUACACCGUCGAAGGAGAGAUACAAGAAUUGAAAGAGCUUUUACCAGAGAUCCAAGAGAAGAUUUCAGACAUGAAAGAUUUCAAGCAAGAAGCUUGCAAGCUUGUUAUAGAAGGCAUUAAGAGCAAAGUGGCCGGUGGCUGUUCAAAUGGUGCUGGACCGAGUGGCAGCAGCGAUUCUACAUCAAAAAUUCAGAAACCCGCCAGUGAUAUAUCGCAUUUAGUGCGUAAGAAGCGAAAAGCCGAAGAACCAGAGACAGAGAUUGCGUCUCCGUGCAAAAAACCAACGCCAGAGAAGACUGUUUGAACGGUUCUACCUAGUUCGGUGCACUUCAGACAUUCUUGAUACCUUGUUGCUUCGUUUUACGCGAUAAAAA